AUGGAUGCAAUCAAAGCUGGCCUUGAAAAAGCUCAAGAAGCUUUACAUAUGAAAAAAGCUGAAGAUUGUGCAGAUAAAGCUCAUGAUCCAUCGGUCAAACCAAGUGAACGAGUAGAUGCUGCAUUUGCAGCUGGUAAAGCUGCAAAUAAAGCUGAUGAACAUGGUUUCAAAGCUGAAGUUCAUAAAGAAAAACAUGCUUCCAGUUAA